AUGGCGUUAGAUGAAGAAGCAUUGAUUUACCUGCUUAUUCUUUAUCGCAGAAGAAAAAGACGUAUUCGUAAUAAAAGCAAGAAAAGAUUUUGGGUACGAAGGUUAUUUCAACAGCGAAGAACUCAUGGAGAAUAUAAUAAUUUAGUGAAAGAGUUGGAAUUGCAUGAUCACGAGCUUUUUUUUAAGCAGUUCAGAAUGUAUCCCAGCCAGAUGGAAGAGGUUCUCAGUUGGGUAGCACCAAAGAUUUAUAAACGUGAAACUCGAGCCGAUGUUAUCAAACCUGGAGAGAGAUUAUGCGUUACCAUGCGAUACUUAGCCACUGGUGAUGCGUUCUCCACAAUUUCAAUGAGUUACAGGAUUGGAGAAACAACUAUCUCAAAAAUAGUUCGUGAGACCACUGAUGCAAUUUGGGAAGUUAUGGUGGAAAAGGACUUUUUGCGUGUACCAGUGAAUAGCCAAGAAUGGCAGAAAAUUUCAAGUGGAUUUGAAAAACGCUGGAAUUUCCCAAAUUGUUUAGGUUGCAUCGAUGGGAAACAUGUCAAUAUACAAGCCCCUGCCAGAAGUGGUUCUCUAUUCUUCAAUUAUAAAAAAACUUUUUCCAUUGUACUCCUUGCAGUUUGCAACGGAAACUAUCAAUUUACAAUGGUUGAUAUUGGUGAAGCUGGUAGACAGAGCGAUGCUGGAGUCUUUUCAAAUAGCAAUCUUGGCCAUUCCAUUCUGAAAAAUCUUCUUCCCGUACCAAGACCAAGAAGGUUAGAUAGCACUAACACUUUGUACCCUUACGUCUUUCUUGGAGACGACGCCUUUCCAUUGCGUCCGAACUUACUCAAACCCUAUGCUGCAACAAAUUUAGAGAUUCGAAAGCUUGUGACCAACUAUCGAAUAUCAAGGGCACGACGGAUUAUUGAGAAUUCCUUCGGGAUACUCGCAGCAAGAUUCAGAGUAUUUAGACGACCGAUCAAUGCUAAAGUGGAAUCAGUGGAAUCAAUAACCAAAGCUUGUGUGGCAAUGCAUAAUUACCUGAUGGCUAAUAAAAGUUUUGACAGCCGAUACUGCCCACAAGGUUUCGUGGAUAAUUAUGUCAAUGGAACCCCUAUGGAGGGCGAAUGGAGAAGUAUGGUAUUAGGUAGUACUGGCAUGAGUGACGUUACAAGAAUUGGUUCAAAUAAUUAUUCACAAGAAGCAAAAACAGUUAGAGACAAUUUUUGUACCUAUUUCAACUCAAGUGAAGGAGAAAUCCCUUGGCAGUGGCAUGCUUAUAAUGUAGAAGUAAGGAACACUUAG